UAACUCCGCGGAGGAAAAAUUAGUCUAGAGAAAGAUUGAGAACGAGGGAGUGAUCGAUUUUCGGUGGUUUCAGGGAUUCUUCUUCCUGUUGUCGUCUGUGGGGAUGAUGAAGUCUUCGCUGAGACGAUUGAGGAGUCUCUCUCUCCACAAGCACGGGCACAGGCAGAGGAAGGAGGAAGGGUUAAUAGCGCAUCAGGACGAACUCUUCCAAGCCGCUGAGGAUAUUCAUAACAUUAGGAACUGCUAUGACAGCUUACUGUCUGCAGCAGCAGCUGCAGCAAACAGUGCAUACGAAUUCUCAGAAGCCCUAGGGGAGUAUGGUACUUGUCUGCUCAAAAAAACUUCACUUAAUGACGAUGAAGCAAGUGGUAAAGCUUUGUUGAUGCUUGGGAAAACCCAGCUUGAACUUCAAAAAAUUGCUAAUGUCUAUCGGGCCCAUGUUGUUCUGACUAUCUCAACUCCAUCAGAGUCUCUUCUCAAGGAACUGCAAACCGUAGAGGAAAUGAAACGCCAAUGUGAUGACAAGAGAGACAUUUAUAAAUCAAUGUUGGAUUCACAAAGAGAAAGUGGAAGGUCAAAAAAUGUGAAAGGUGAAAAUAUCUCUCAACAACAAUUGCAGGCAGCUCAAUCUGAUUACGAAGAGGAGGCAACUCUUUUUCUCUUUCGCUUAAAAUCAUUAAAGCGAGGACAGUCACGGAGUCUUUUUACUCAAGCUGCUAGGCACUAUGCAUCACAGUUGAACUUCUUCCGGAAAGGAGUUAAGUCUCUUGAAGCUCUUGAGUCACGUGUCAAAGCUGUUGCUGAGGAACAGCACAUUGACUAUCAGUUUAGUGGACUGGAGGAUGAUCAAUUGGAAGAAAAUGAUGAUGAUGAAUACAGUCAUAAUAACGAUGAUGGAGAGUUGAGUUUUGAUUUUGAACAUCACAAUCAAUAUCAUGAUGUCAGUUCUUUUUCUAGAAACUCAACGGAGGAAAAUUUAGAGAGAGCUCAAGCCAAUUAUUUUGGCUGUCACAAUUCUAGAGUUGCCAGCAUGUCAGCACCUCUUUCCUCCACUAGGAAAUGUAAACCAUCUGAAAUGAUAACUCAGAUGCAUCCUUCAUUAAAGACAUUCAACACAUAUGCUCUUCCUACUCCUCUGGAUGUCAAGAGCUCAACCUCAAUUGGUUCAGGCAAUUCAACCUAUGGGGCUUCAUCAGAAUCGAAAGGUGGUUGGACAACACAACCAUGGCAUUCAUCCCCUUUGCAGCCAAAUAUGAUUGGGAAAGAUAGCCAAGAUAUUGAGCUUCCAAGCCCUACCAGUUUUUCUACAGAGCCUUCAUUAAUCAAAGAGAGCAACAUUAUUAGUAACCCUGCCAUAAUGCCAUCUACUGCGAGUGAAGGGAUGCUAUCUAAGUCGAAUUCAGCGAAUGAGUUUGAUUCAAAAUUAAGUGAGAGACAAGCCUUUUCAGUUCCAUUGUCAUGUAAACCUUUAUUGAGCAAACAUGCUCUCUUCCCAACCAAAAUGUCAACAAUGGAAGCUCUGCCAGAAACUUCUGCAAAACCAAAACAUAUUCCAACACCUAAGCUAUCUGUACCACAAAAGGUUUCUCCAAAUGCCUCUUCUCCAGUAACAUCACCGAGAAUAAAUGAGCUUCAUGAACUUCCAAGGCCUCCGACAGGUUAUGCAAAACACAGACCAUCCAUUUUGAUUGGUCAUUCAGCUCCUCUGAUAUCUAGAGGUCAAGAGAUUUCUGCAACAAGCAAACCAACACCAUUUUUAUCACAUACAGCAGCACCACUGCCCAAACCCCCUGGCGUUAUGGCUCGUAGCUUUUCUAUUCCAUCUAGUGUUCAAAGAUCUAAUUUAAAAGCUGCUAACUCAUUAGAUCUUCCACAAAGUCAAAAGAUAAUUACAGACAGUUCGUCUACUCAUACACCUUUGGUGAAUAAUGAGGUAGCCUGAGCUGCUGAUUCAGUCAGAGUAAUUGCACCUAGAAAACCAAAGGUUCAUGUUAACAGAACCAUGUAUCACAUAGAUGUGAGUACUCUUUGAUGUACAUAAUGAAGUGGCUAACCUCUCCGUGUGUGUUUUCUUUUUAAGACGGCAAAUGCCCUUGAGAAUCUGUUAAUGGAUAUCGGCUGGCAGCCUCCUGAGUUCAUAACUCACGACAGAAGUGCCGGUUCAAGGAAAAUGCCAAGUAUUCAGAGUCGUCAAUCCCUUUUGUAAAUAUAACCGAUGUUGUUUUCCUCCCCAUUAGAAAAUUCCAACAUCCUAAGAAAGGGUUGUUACUGAAUCUUACUGGAAACUUUGUUUUUACCCUCAAGCUGCACGAGUCUUAUCUGCUAUACAUUUAAGUUUUUCUUCCGUAAUAUAGCUUCAUUUGAGGAA